UUUUCUUUUUUUUUUUUUUUCUUGUUUGUUUGGUAGAGGUGGGGGCGGGGGGGGGGUCUCACUUUGUUGCCCAGGCUGGUCUCGAACUUCUGGCCUUAAGCAAUCCUCCCGCCUCCACCUCCCCAAAUUCUGGGAUUACAGGCAUGAGCCAGUGUGCCCAGCACAAAAUCUUUACCAACUUUAAAAUAUAAUUUUAAAAAAUCUCUUAAAUGCCUUCCACAUAGAUAUUGAUUUUUCUUUCAUUUCUCUUGUCUUGGUAAAUCCUCUAGGAAUGCUCUCUGAAAAGCAGCUUAAUUCAUCAUGCAGUUGCCUUCAUCACCAUCACUUGUUGAAAAGUCUUAUUAGUAUGUAAAGCAGUUCUAAUUUGGAGCUGUAAAAUUACCUCUAAAAACUCGUAAUAGAAUAAACUGAGAGUCAUCCAUAAUUAGAUUUUUUUAAUAGGACUUCUAACUUGUUUUCAUUAUCCAGCUGUGUUUGAACUCAGCCAGCUGUUGAUGGGACUGAGGUGGUUGUAAGGGUUGGGGAAAAGAAGAGGAAGCUCAUCUCUGCAGAGUGGGUAGGGAAAGCUUUAGUUCUCAGUUUAAAACAGUGGUUCUCAAAGCGUGGUCUCCCAACCUGCAGCAUCAGAGUCUCAUGGGAACUUGUUAGAAAUGAUUUCUUGGGCCCUACUCCAGACCCACUGGAUCAGGCCAUCAGGUGAAGUUCAAAGAAUUUGGUUCAGAUGUAGUGUUCACUAAAUUACAGACAGCAGUCAAGAUUUUAGGAAGAGCUGGUUGAAAAUAAUUGCCUUGACUGGCUCUAGUGACCCCCCAAGGAACACAUGCCACUUACAUGUAUGUUCUCUUCAUUCAUCAUUUAUGGGUAUAUUUGUAUUACUCCACAGGGCUGAUGAUUUGGUAUUAGACUUGCUAAUGAGCAGCAGCCAUGUGCUCCUGCUAUCUGACAGUCGGUACAGUCACAAGUAUAUUGUACGCAGCAGAGAAGAGAUUAACAGCCAGCCUCCUUCCACAUUCUGCUCUCAGGAAAUAAGCAAGGGGAGGAUCCAGAAGUGUCAUUUGACACUGACGACAGAGUACUUAUUUCCUAUGCAAAAGAGCCCAGGCAGAAAGACAAACCUAAAUAAGAAUCUAACUUCUGUAAGAAGCUGUGAAGAGUGAUGCUGGCAGCUGCCUUUGCAGACUCUAACUCCAGCAGCAUGAAUGUGUCCUUUGCUCACCUCCACUUUGCCGGAGGGUACCUGCCCUCUGAUUCCCAGGACUGGAGAACCAUCAUCCCGGCUCUCUUGGUGGCUGUCUGCCUGGUGGGCUUCGUGGGAAACCUGUGUGUGAUUGGCAUCCUCCUUCACAAUGCUUGGAAAGGAAAGCCAUCCAUGAUCCACUCCCUGAUUCUGAAUCUCAGCCUGGCUGAUCUCUCCCUCCUGCUGUUUUCUGCACCUAUCCGAGCUACGGCGUACUCCAAAAGUGUUUGGGAUCUAGGCUGGUUUGUCUGCAAGUCCUCUGACUGGUUUAUCCACACAUGCAUGGCAGCCAAGAGCCUGACAAUCGUUGUGGUGGCCAAAGUAUGCUUCAUGUAUGCAAGUGACCCAGCCAAGCAAGUGAGUAUCCACAACUACACCAUCUGGUCAGUGCUGGUGGCCAUCUGGACUGUGGCUAGCCUGUUACCCCUGCCGGAAUGGUUCUUUAGCACCAUCAGGCAUCAUGAAGGUGUGGAAAUGUGCCUCGUGGAUGUACCAGCUGUGGCUGAAGAGUUUAUGUCGAUGUUUGGUAAGCUCUACCCACUCUUGGCAUUUGGCCUUCCAUUAUUUUUUGCCAGCUUUUAUUUCUGGAGAGCUUAUGACCAAUGUAAAAAACGAGGAACUAAGACUCAAAAUCUUAGAAACCAGAUACGCUCAAAGCAAGUCACAGUGAUGCUGCUGAGCAUUGCCAUCACCUCUGCUCUCCUGUGGCUCCCCGAAUGGGUAGCUUGGCUGUGGGUAUGGCAUCUGAAGGCUGCAGGCCCGGCCCCACCACAAGGUUUCAUAGCCCUGUCUCAAGUCUUGAUGUUUUCCAUCUCUUCAGCAAAUCCUCUCAUUUUUCUUGUGAUGUCGGAAGAGUUCAGGGAAGGCUUGAAAGGUGUAUGGAAAUGGAUGAUAACCAAAAAACCUCCAACUGUCUCAGAGUCUCAGCAAACACCAGCUGGCAACUCAGAGGGUCUUCCUGACAACGUUCCAUCUCCAGAAUCCCCAGCAUCCAUACCAGAAAAAGAGAAACCCAGCUCUCCCUCCUCUGGCAAAGGGAAAACUGAGAAGGCAGAGAUUCCCAUCCUUCCUGAUGUAGAGCAGUUUUGGCAUGAGAGGGACACAGUCCCUUCUGUACAGGACAAUGACCCUAUCCCCUGGGAACAUGAAGAUCAAGAGACAGGGGAAGGUGUUAAAUAGAUUUAAGUUUCAAAGCAAAACAAACUGUGAUUAUUGUAUUUACUUGUACUGCUGCUUAUCAAUAUUGCUGACUUUACAAACUAUGAUAUAAUUAUUACCAUUAGGAAUUAUAAAAAUAUUUCACAAUCUACACUUUCCAAAUGUGCAAUGUGGUAAGUAGAGAACCAUGUUAGAAGUAAUAAUUGUUUCAGAAUUAGAACUUGGCUUCCCAAACAAUUUAGGUGUUGUGUAAAGAUGUUGCUGUCAAAGUGAUUAGACAGCCUGGCUAUUCUGUCAUUUGUUCACAGAGGUUUUACUGGGUACCCCCUAGGACCAGCCCUGUAGUGGACCGGCUGGAGCCUGCAGUAGAGGUUCUGUCAAAGCUGAGCCCCUUUACCUUCAGUUUCACCCGGGACCUGCUAGUCCUAAUUUUACCUACUAAAUUGUAUUUCACAUAACCAAAGCUCAAAAUCUACUUUCACACAUUAAUGAUAAAUUUUAAUGCGUUCAUUUACUUAAUAAGUGUUAAUUUACUUGACGAAAAGUCCGUAUCAUAAUGUUCAUGACUGAAGGUCAAAGAAAAAGAAACAGCACCUUAUUCCAAUUCUGGACUCAUUUCAAGCCAUGGCUGGUUCUGGCUAAGUUUAAAUAAAUUCAAACUUAUACUAAAGCCUGCUUCAGUGAACUUUUUAAAGCUACCUGAAUGAGUCUUCAGUUUCUAAGUCUGAGAAUUGUAGCAGCUUUCCAAUGACAUUCAGUAGUCUGAUAUGGGGGAAAAAAAUACUUUAAAAAUGCCCUCUCUUCACUUCCAAAAUGUGGGAGUUAUUUUUCUAUAAGCAAAAAUGUGUUCCUCCUAAUAUCUCCUUUCUCCCAAGAUAAACCAUGGUUAAUGAUAUAGGUAUAGAUUACUCCUCAAAUACAAAUAAAAGAUGGAGAUGGUGAUCUUUCUUGUUAAUGGUACUAAACUUACCCUUACUUAGAACAUUGAACUUGAACCCUACUCAACUUUUAAAAUACUAUAGGAUUUCUAAGUUAUAAAAAUAAUCGAGCAACCUGAGAAAGAGAUUAAUAUCAAAAAGAGAAAAUUCAACAAAGGCAAGACAGAAUUUGGUUAAGAAUACAAAAUAAAAAGCAUAAGGGCAAUGCAGAAAGAAAAGCAGUAAAACUGUGUACCCAGACAUAUGGUAAAAUCUGAGUAACAGGCAAUAACCAUUCAUUUUAUAGCAAGGUAAAACAUACCCAAUAAAACAUGAUUAUAUUUCUGCCCCUUUUAAGUAUAAUGACAUUCACCCAUGAUUCUUGAUUACUUUGUUAUGGAACUCGGGUAUUUUCACUGAAAGGUUCCCUCAGAAUAGAAAUGCCUUUAGGGCAAACCAAGCCAUGGAGAAUCUGAAAUAUAAAGGAUAUGUUAUGGAAAAAAAAAGAUUUUGUUUUUUAUGUUGUCUAUGGGUUUCCGGAUUCUUCGCUUUUUCAUAAGUGGUCAUAGUUUGCUUUUUAACACAGGAGGUAGGGCUAUAUUCUUUUUACACCCUUCAUUACAAAUUUUAUUUGAAGCUCAUGUAUUCAAAUAAAGUAAAAUUUAACCCAAGAAUCCAAAAUAUUGUUUUGUGAUAUGGUAGUUAUAAAAAGGAUUAUCAUUGUCUGUGAUUAUUUGAAUUAAUAAUUUUUAUGUUCAUUAUAUGUAGUAAAUUUAGGAUGUAAGCUUCCAGGGUUUGACACUUUAA